GCUACCUCUAGCUGACGUCACGGGAUCCCCGUACUAGCGGCUGUGCUCGCGGUGAACUAGGUAACGGGCGACGAGCUGUCGGUAGUGAGGCUUUCCCUUGGUCCCGGUUGCUGGUUACAGUGGUUCUGCACUCACCUCCUGUUUGGUGUUUCCUGCGCGGCGUGAACUGAGGAAACGGGAAGUGUGGAGUUGUAAGAAGUGCUGAGCAGCGCCGAGGUCCGGUCCUGUUCCCGAAUGUGAGGCGGGGGUAAUGCCAGCCAGUCUUCUGUAUACUUUACAUGUGAUUGUGGAAGAGUCGGAAGCAUGAUUGUUAAAGCUGGGCCUUUUCCAUUCUGACAACAGCUACAAUGCAUCGGAGAAAGAGACGCUGGUCGCCUCAAGACACCAAACCAUGGAAAAGACAGAGAUUUUCUCGCAGCUGGGAACGUGAUGGAAGAAUCAGACCUUCUCCUUAUUGGAAAUUGCCAGCAAGAUCUCGCUCCAGGAGCCACAAAAAGGCUUACUGGGAGAAUGCGCACCAGGCAUGGUCUAGGAAUGACCGUGGCACCCACAGCAUUUCUUUCCAAAGUGGGAGCUAUUCUACAAAAUCAUCUGUUGCAGAGAAGUCUAGAUCUAGAAGGCAUCAUCAUAAUCAUCAUGCCUCUCGCAGGCAUCGCUCCAGAUCGGGUAGCUUUUCUUCGAAGAGCCAUCGCAGUGCUAAGGACAGCCAGGCUAUUGAAGAUGACAAGGAAGGGCACCUGAUGUGCCGGAUUGGAGACCGCAUCUUGGACAGAUAUGAAAUUGUGAAAAUUCUUGGAGAGGGGACCUUUGGUAGAGUCGUGGAGUGCUUGGAUCAUCACAGUGGCAGCACCAGAAUCGCUUUGAAGAUCAUACGGAAUGUAAGAAAGUACCGGGAGGCAGCCCUGCUGGAGAUUAAUGUUCUAAAAAAAAUUCAAGAACAAGACGUGGAAAGUAAAAACAUGUGUGUAAUGAUGUGGGAUUCAUUUGAGUACCAUGGGCAUCCGUGCAUUGCUUUUGAGCUGCUUGGAAAAAGCACUUUUGAUUUCCAGAAGGAGAACAAUUACCUGCCGUUCCCCCUCACACAGAUUAGGCACAUGGCCUUCCAGCUGUUUCAUGCAAUAAAGUUUCUGCAUGACAACAAACUGACGCACACAGAUUUAAAGCCUGAGAAUAUUCUUUUUGUGAAUUCAGAUUUUUACACAUUCUACAAUGGAGCAAAGAACUGUGAAGAAAAAUGUGUGAAGAAUUCCAGCAUCCGCCUAAUAGAUUUUGGCAGCGCUACUUUUGACCAUGAAUAUCAUAGCACCAUUGUGGCCACACGUCACUAUCGCCCUCCAGAGGUUAUUUUGGAGCUAGGCUGGGCUCAGCCUUGUGAUGUGUGGAGCUUGGGGUGCAUCAUGUUCGAGUAUUACACUGGAUCCACUCUUUUCCAGACGCAUGAUAAUCGAGAACACUUAGUUAUGAUGGAGAAAAUCCUUGGACCAUUACCCCGCCGCAUGGUAUACAAAACAAAGAAACAAAAAUAUUUCCAAAAUGGAUCACUUAUCUGGGAUGGGACCUCGGCUGAUGGUCGAUACGUCAAUAAAAAUUGCCAUCUUUUGAGGACCUACAAGAGAGAAGAUUCCCCUGAGCAUGCUGAGUUCUUUGAUCUGCUCCAACGGAUGCUGGAGUAUAGCCCUACACUAAGAAUCACUCUAGAUGAAGCCCUGAGACACCCUUUCUUUGCCAGACUGAAACCUGAAGAAAGGAAACUAGGAAGUAGAACAUCCAGGAACCUUAGCCGAUAAGGAAGAUGACAUUUUAAUCAUUUGUCACUAUCCAUCCUUUAAACAUUACAUUUGACAAAUAUUCUGAACUUAAGACUCCUUGGACACUUUUUCUUCAACACACAAAAUAAACAAGAAGUAGAACCAGCACUAUUUUCUUGUAUUAAACUCUGCUUAAUGUCUUAAAAACUUGUGAUGCCUAUUAGAAUCCUUAUUGUCAGUAUUCCACAUGUGAAGACUGCGAGUGAACCAUGAGCCCUCAAAACGAAGAACUGCUGAAAACUGUAUGGUGAACACUGUGUAUAGAGCACUUGAUAAAGCAUGUGCUGAAUAGUACUGUAUAUAUGUACAUUUGUAAACUCAGGGAUGUAUGGGGGAACAUGUAAGUAUCAAGAAUGGAGUGAUUUCACUUUGUAUAAAAAGCUCACUGUUGCAUGUGUGACAGGUACUUGGAGCGGUCUUAAUAUUUUUGUAAUUGUGCUGUCUGAUAAAUAAACUUGGAAAAGAUAUA